AAUGAAAUGUAUGGAAAGAAAGCUUACUUGUCGAGGAGGAAAAGUGAAAGGUAUUUGUGGCUGCUGCGAUAAAUGUGCCAAAGUUCUAAAUGAAAACUGUGGAGGUGUUUACUAUUAUCUUGGAAAGUGUGAUAAGGAUUUAGUCUGUAAGCCGUUAAUUAAAACGAGAAGGAGAAAAUUAUGGCCGGGUAAAGGUCGCUGCGUAAGGAAGGUAAAACGAGAGAGGAAGCAAUCAGAUGAACCCGGAAACGAUUCUCAACAGUGUAGACCAAAAUGUUCUCCUGAAUUUUGCCGGAAACGCCCCAGAGCAAUUUGCUCAGCUACAGGAGGUGUCGCUUUGUUUGAACGCACUUGUAGCUCUCAGUGUCAGCUAACUUCGUGUAGAGCUUGCUAUUAUGAGGAAGAAGCUUCCUGCAGCAAAUGUUCCCCAGAAGACUAUAAAUGCCUUCGACGUUUUGCUCUUUGCAUUAAGAAGAAGACUUGCACUAGGAAAAGAUAUCCCUGUCAAAUAAGAAGAACUCCAAUUGGGCCUAGGAAAUUAUUUAGGUGUCACGUUCCCGAUUGCCCUUAA